GCAUAUGCUCUCACGAACCGGUAGGGUUUCAUACAUCCACACAGCUCUGAUUUCAUCCUCUCAAUGGCAGUUUGUGAAGAGCGAUCACCAUCUUUCUCAGCGAUCAACUCUUGAGCAGCCUUGAAGGAUCACAUUUGUUCAUCAUGUUCGAAGCACAUGUCUUACAUUUGCUUAGGAGAUACCUGGGUGAAUACGUCCAUGGACUCUCAGCAGAGACAUUGCGGAUAAGUGUCUGGAAAGGUGACGUGGUUCUCAAAGAUUUGAAGUUAAAGGCAGAGGCACUGAAUUCACUGAAACUACCAAUAACUGUAAAAGCUGGUUUUGUAGGUACUAUAACCCUAAAGGUUCCAUGGAAAAGCCUCGGAAAAGAGCCUGUUAUUGUUCUCAUUGAUAGAGUUUUCGUUCUUGCUCAUCCUGUUGUUGUUGGUAGAUCUCUUAAGGAAGAGGACAGGGAAAAACUUUUUGAGGCCAAACUCCAACAGAUUGAGGAAGCAGAAUUGGCCACCCUUGAAGCACUAUCAAGGUCAAAGCUUGGAGGAAAUCCAGCUGUAGGAAAUUCUUGGCUGGGAUCAUUAAUUGCUACAAUAAUUGGAAAUCUUAAAAUCUCAAUUAGCAAUGUUCAUGUCAGAUAUGAGGAUUCUGUCAGCCAUCCCGGGUAUCCAUUCUGUUGUGGUAUUACUCUUGCAAAGCUCGCAGCGGUGACAAUGGAUGAGCAAGGCAAUGAAACCUUCGAUACAAGUGGUGCUUUGGAUAAAUUACGCAAGUUGGUUCAACUUGAAAGGCUUGCUGUAUACCAUGAUACUAACACUGAGCCAUGGAAGCUAGACAAGAAAUGGGAGGAUCUUACACCUGCAGAAUGGAUCGAGAUAUUUGAAAAUGGCAUUAAUGAAUCGACAAAUAUCAACACGGUGGUAUCUGCAUGGACUAGGGAGCACAAUUACUUGGUAUAUCCAAUCAAUGGGGUACUUAAAUAUCACCGGCUGGGAAACCAAGAAAGAAGUGAUCCUAGUGUUCCUUAUGAGCAGGCUUCUUUGAUUAUCAGUGAUGUCUCUUUGACAGCUACAGAGAUGCAGUAUCAUGACUGGAUCAGACUUAUGGAGGCUAUUUCAAACUAUAAGACAUAUGUAGAAGUUUCUCAUUUAAGACCACUAAUUACAGUUUCAGAGAGACCCAGUUUAUGGUGGCGCUAUGCUGCCCACGCUGGAUUGCAGCAAAAGAAAAUUUGUUACAGGUUCUCAUGGGAUCAAAUCCAACAUCUAUGUAAUUUGCGUCGGUGUUAUGUACAAUUAUAUGCUGAAUCAUUGCAAAAGCUGUCAAAUGUUGAUAAAUCCAAAAUAAGAAGCAUCGAGAAGGAUCUUGAUCCCAAGGUUAUUCUACUGUGGAGGUUUCUUGCUCAUGCAAAAGUGGAGUCUGUCAAAUCAAAGGAAGCAGCUGAACAAAGAAUGCUUAAAAACAGAAGCUGGUUUUCAUUUGCAUGGCGAGCUGCUCCAGAAGAUUGCUCAGCUGGGGAGAGUUCUGAGGACUCAAAAUCUGUAGAAGAUACAUUGACCAAGGAGGAAUGGCAAGCCAUCAAUAAAUUGUUAAGUUACCAGCCAGAUGAGGAUCUGGCACUGCAACAUGGAAAGGAGACACAUAAUAUGACACACUAUUUGAUUAAUGUUUCUAUUUGUAGAGCAGCAGCAGCGAUCAUAAAUGUUGAUCAAACAGAAAUUCUUUGUGGGAGAUUCGAAAAUCUUAACUUGUUGACCAAGUUAAAGCAGCGAACCAUACAAUGUGAUGUCUCUUUAAAAUUUUAUGGGCUGUCUGCUCCUGAGGGUUCGCUUGCCCAGAGUGUUUGUAGUGAGCAGAAGGUAAAUGCAUUAGAAGCUAGUUUUGUGCACUCACCAUCUGGAGAAAAUGUUGAUUGGAAGCUAUCCGCAAGAAUUUCUCCAUCUCAUGUCACAGUUUUCAUGGAGAGUUACUAUCGAUUCUUAGACUUUGUAAACAGGAGCAAUGCCAUUAGCCCCAUUCUUGCAGUAGAAACUGCAACUGUAAUCCAGAAUAAAUUUGAAAAAAUGACUCGGAGAGCGCAGGAGCAGUUUCAAAUGGCAUUGGAAGAGCAAAGCAGAUUUGCUCUUGAUAUUGAUUUGGAUGCUCCAAAAGUUAGAGUUCCUUUGAUAUCACAUCUCUCCUGUAAAUGUGAUAGCCAUCUCCUUUUAGACUUUGGGCAUUUUACAUUGCAAACAAAGGAGGAUGGACAUUCCCAUGAGCAGGGACAAAGUUUGUAUUCUCGUUUUUAUAUCUCUGGAAGGGAUAUAGCAGCAUUCUUCACAGAUUGUGGUUCAGAUAAUCAAACCUGCUCUUUGGCAUCUCAACCUUCUAAUUCUCCUACUUUGGAAGACAUUAAUAAUAUAUAUUCCCUCAUUGAUAGAUGCAGAAUGGCUGUAAUUGUAGAUCAGAUUAAAAAUCCUCAUUCCAGCCAUUCUUCAACACGCAUCUCUGUUCAACUUCCAAGCAUUGGAGUUCACUUCUCACCAGCUAGACUUCACAGAUUGUUGGAAUUGUUUGAUAUACUCCAUCGCACAAUCCCCGAUACUGAACAGCACCCACUUUUCGAAAGUACACAAGCCGAACUUUUUCCCUGGCACCCACCUGAUCUAGCAACUGAUGCUCGGAUACUUGUAUGGAAGGGAAUUGGAUAUUCCAUUGCUGCUUGGCAACCAUGUUAUCUUGUGCUUUCUGGAUUGUACCUUUAUGUGUUAGAGUCUGAAGGGUCUCACACUUAUCAAAGAUGUUCAAGCGUGGCUGGUAGACAGGUGUUUGAAGUUCCUCAGACAAAUGUUGGGGGUUCCCCAUCAUGCAUUGCUGUCAGUGUCAGAGGCAUGGAUCUACAGAAGGCAUUGGAGUCAUUUAGCACACUGAUAAUAGAGUUUCGUGAUGAGGAGGAAAAAACUACUUGGUUAAGAACACUUGUACGAGCUACGUAUCGAGCUUCUGCUCCCCCAUCAGUUAAUGUACUUAGAGAGCUAAGUGACGGUGCAUUAGAACUUGCUGAGACCCAUUCUAUAAAUGAAGAUAUGGCUGAACUUGUUGUUAAUGGAUCAUUGGUAGAGAUGAAGCUAUCACUGUAUGGGAAGAGUGGAGAUGAGAUUGACAAUACAUAUGAUGAAACACUAAUCCUUGAGGUUCUUGCAGUUGGUGGAAAGGUGCAUGUUUCACAAUGUAGUGGUGACCUAACAGUAAAGAUGAAAUUGCAUUCAUUGAAAAUUAAGGAUGAACUUCAGUAUUCUCUAUCUUCAGGUCCACAAUACUUGGCUUGCUCUGUUCUGCCAGAUCAGUCUGCAGCUACCUCGCCUGGUACAACAGAUUCCCAUGGCAAGGAGCUGGCUUUCAUGACAAGGGAAGAAGAAGAUGUAUUCAAGGAUGCCUUACAAGAUUUCCUAUCAUUACCUGAUUAUGGUGAAGCCAUUACCCCGGAGAAGGAUUCAAUUAAGGGAAGAAGUGACUUUGCUGAAGUAUUUUAUGAAACACAAAGCUCUGAUUACUCUGAUUUUGUCUCUCUUUCAUACAUUUCACGUCAACCUAGCUCUCCUGACUAUAAUGGUAUAGAUACACAGAUGAGUAUUAGUAUGUCCAAGUUGGAAUUUUUUUGUAACAGACCUACUCUUGUUGCUUUGAUUGAUUUCGCCAUUGAUGUGAGUUCUGAAAGCAGUGGAGUUGCUGAUGAAAACAUCAUAAAAGAUCCAGUGGAUGAGUCAGCUAUUAAUAAAGAGAAGUUAGAAGAGCAUGUGCAUAAAUAUGUAAAAGGAUUGCUAGGUUAUGGAAAAAGCCGUGUUGUAUUUAAUUUGAACAUGAAUGUUGACAGUGUUACAGUUUUCCUUAACACAGAGGAUGGUUCUCAGCUUGCAUUGCUUGUGCAAGAAUGCUUUAUGCUUGAUAUUAAGGUUCAUCCUAGUUCUACUUCCAUAGAAGGCACAUUGGGAAACUUCCGACUUUGUGAUCUAACACUAGGAUCAAACCAGCAAUGGGGAUGGCUUUGUGAUAUACGUAAUCAAGGGACUGAAUCACUGAUUCAGUUUGCAUUUAGUUCUCACAAUUCUGAAGACGAUGAUUAUGAAGGGUAUGAAUAUAGCCUGUGUGGCCGACUAUCUGCAGUUCGAAUUGUUUUCCUCUAUAGGUUUGUUCAAGAGAUAACUGCAUAUUUUAUGGGGCUUGCCACUCCACAUACUGAGGAAGCUAUUAAGUUUGUAGAUAAGGUUGGAGGGAUUGAGUGGUUCAUAGAGAAAUAUGAAAUUGAUGGAGCCACUGCAAUAAAGCUGGAUCUUUCUCUCGAUACUCCUCUGAUAAUUGUACCGAGGAGUUCUACAAGUGAAGAGUUAGUGACUGUCCGUCCAAGCUGCAUUAAUUUUUUAAACUUCACUUUUUAGCAGUUUGACCAGUCUAAUAUGAUCCUUUGUAUCAUAAAAUGACGAGGAUACUCACUAGUCAAAGAACUUGUUUGAAGGAUGAUCUCUUCUAGUGCUUUAGUCUACCUCAUUGAUAUCAUUACUGUUUCCCAAUGUGACAUUUUCAGUAGACAUUCUUUGUAGAUUU